CGAUGAAGGUCGAGAAAACUAUUUCGAGGGGUUUUGGAAAGGUAGAAAAAAUUUAAACAAAAAAUUUAUUGCAAUUUCCCCUACUUUAGCUCGUCCCGUCCCACUCCCUUGUGCAGCCAUAGCAUCUCCACAAUCCGUCUCCUUUAAAACCUAAGGCGGCACGACAUCUCUCACCAUCUCCCUCUCUGCGGCAAGUUACGCCUUUUAUGACUGUCGAGUCUUCUUCUACUCAUCACCGACUGCCCUCCACCACUUUCUUCAGCUUGUCUUCAAAGUCCACGCAUUUGUAGUGAUCGGAAGAAUGUUUGAAAAUAAUUUCCCAGCAUCUGAAGAAAAAGGAUGUUUUAAACCUCGCCAAGUUCUUCUCUCCCACCACACUAUGAAGCAAAGAAACAACGACACCCAAACUCCCAAUUCUUCCGAUGAAGCCGCAUCCUUACACCCCCAGCAGAGGACUCUUCUUCUUCACGCUGUAGCCUUCUUUUUAGAUCGCAAUGGCUUCUCCAAAACCCUAAAAAAGUUUCGUUCUGAAGCCCAGCUUCAGAAGGGUUCUUCAAAGGAUUUAUUGCUCAAUCUAGAAGAAAUGUGCUACAAGCAUUUAAAGAAAUGUAGUCAAGCCAUCACAACCCAAAAUAAACCAGAUGAAGAAACGGAGAAAGAGGUUGCUGAUGAUAGGGUUCCUGAAGCGCAAGAGGAACCUACAAAAAAGUCCAAGGAUAAAAAGAAAAUAAAAAAGAAUGCAGUUCCUGAAACGCAUGCUGAUGCUUCUGAAAAAGAGAAAUCAGAACCUGUGGAGAGUUUGAAAAACUCCAAUGGCACUACUGUGCACGAGGAGGCAGGAAAGGAAUCUAAGGGUAAAAAGAAAAAGAAGAACAAGGAGAAGUUAGAGACUGUUGCUACAAUUUCCGAUGAUGUAGCUGUAGCUAUUGGAUUGAAGGGUGAUGUCGCCACUCUUGAAGAAAAGGUUGUCAAAUCAAAAACUAAGAAGAAAAAGGAUGGUCGACAUUUAAGUGAUGAAAAUGCAAACCAGCUAAAUGAUGGUACCAAUAUGUUAUACGAAGAGGAAGAGAACGACAAUUCUAAGAAAAGGAAAAGGUUGGCUUCUGAAGAUAACGACAUUCAUACUGUUGAUGAGAAAGAAACUGAAGAUGUCAAACGUAGAAAAUUAGAAGGUUCAAAAGGAUGCAACGAUGGUGUGCAGUCUACAAAGGUCGAUGUAGAUGCUGGAAAUAGGAGCACUAUCAAUGAGCUUUCUCAGCAGACAAAUGGGUAUGUUGAGAAAACGGCAGAGAAAACUUCCACAAAAAAAGCUUUGAAGAAACACUCAAAUGGUUCAACUGAGCCAAAGACCAUCAAUGCAUUUCAAAGGGUAAAAGUAGAUGCCGUGACAUUUGCUGAUGAAAAACUUGCAGAUAAUUCUUACUGGGCGAAGGGUGGAGCCGACACUGGAUAUGGUGCAAAAGCUCAAGAAGUUCUUGGGCAGGUUAAAGGAAGGGACUUUCGGCAUGAAAAGACGAAGAAGAAGCGUGGGUCAUACCGAGGCGGAGUGAUUGAUCUGCAAUCUCACUCAGUAAAGUUCAAUUAUUCUGAUGAUGAUUAAACCACAAGAAUGGAUUCACGAUUCUGGUUCUUAACUGCUUUUGAUGAAAUCAUGAAUGUAGUUUCCAUUUUAUGAGGGAAAAAAAAAGGUUAUAUGUUCCAUGGAAACUCGAAAGAACUGGUGUUCUAUAUUUAUCAUCAUUUUUUGAGGGAGCCCAUCCAGAAAAUGGGCUAUGCCUCAUCGAUUUUGAACUUAUUAUUGUGCCAGGUUGUAGUUCUCCAAAUGCUUUAUUUACUGUAUACUAUAUGUAUGUUUAUUGUUGUAACUGGUAGAGCAACUGUGGAUUGAUUUUUGAAUGAAACAUAAACAUAUUUUCCCA